CCCUGUCCCUUGAGGGUAACCCGCUCCUGUUUAACGGAGCUCCACGCUGAGGUCUGGCACCUUUAGUCUUACAGCCAGCUGAGAAGUGUUCGCUACUUCCACAAUGGUAACAAUGGGUGCAAGGUUCCUCUGCGUUGCGCUGCUGGCAAUGGAAACAUUGUCUGGCUCGUGAAGGACGGGACUGGCGGAACGGAUAAGGAUGCGGUCGGGGUGGCUCCACAUACUGCUGUGGAUAAUACUGUGGUGCUGCAAAGUUUGACGGCUGAGUUACAUAGUUGACGGGCAUGGGGUGCUGCUGAGAAGGAUACAUAUACGGCUGUCCAUGGUGCGUCUCUAUCAUUGAAUAGUGUUGACGUGACUGGAGAGGAUGUUCUGGUGGAACAGUGGACAACUGAACUGGGUUGGCAGGUGGGGGAGGUAUUUUCUGUUCCCUCACCUGUUGUGGGCUUUGUGAAAACUGGUGUGGAGACAUGUAUGGGCUUCCCUGCCGUUGGUAUGUAGUCGUCUCGGGUUUCCAGGUCUGAUGCUCUCGGACUUGUGUCCAUCCUGAUGUCUGUUGGGACACUGCUGAUGCUGGGUCUUUGUCGUAAACUGCAAAACACUGCUGAGGGACAGAUUCGUUGGAACAAGUUUCUCCAACAACAAUUCGUCUGGAACAAUGGGAUCUGAAAGUUAAACGUUCAGAGAUGGGGAGCAAACAGUCAGUUCUACAAGCUAGUGGCUACAAACUAGUGAGUGAACAAGACAAGAUGAUGCUGGUGAAAAAUAAAGAUGGUGAUCAGUUUGUUGUUAAAAAGCUGAAUGCUAAUGAGGAUGCAGUAUCAAACUUUCUCCAAAAGCUCAAUCAUCCACACAUCGUCCAACACAAGGAAAUCAUCAGAGAACCCGACGGCUUGUAUGUUUUACUGGAUCACUGUGAGGGUGGAGAUCUCGCCCGAGUUAUCUCUGAGAUAACAAAACUCAAAUUACAGGGAACAGAUAUUUCUAACGAGGAUGCCGUAUCAAACUUUCUCCAAAAGCUCAGUCUUCCACACAUCAUCCAACACAAGGAAAUCAUUAUGGGCCAGUUGUUCAAAGAAACCGACGGCUUGUAUGUUUUACUGGAUCACUGCGAGGGUGGAGAUCUCGCCGAGAUAACAAAACUACAGGAAAAGGUUAUUUCUAAUGAGAUUCUGGACUGGACUGUGAAGAUCUGCAUGGCAUUGAAGCACCUGCAUGAUCAACAGAUCCUACAUAAAAACCUGCGGCCCAAGAGCAUAUUUUUCACUGCAUCUGGAACCAUUCGUCUUGGAGAGUUUGGAGAGAUUAAUGAAUGGUCCGCUGACGCACAGACAGCAGAAACAAAACCUAUCUCAUACAUUGCACCUGAGAAUUUGAAUGGCAGACCUUUUGAUGAGAAAUCUGAGAUUUGGAGUCUCGGAUGUGUCAUCUAUGAGAUGUGCAUGCAGAAGUGUGCGUUUACAGGAAGAAGCACAGAUGAGAUUAUUACAAAGAUACUCACCUGCUCCUAUGAAGCUCUUCCUGAGACCUUCCCUAAGGACCUUCGUCAGCUGGUAAAAGACACACUUCAGAUCGAUCCAGCAAACCGACCGUCUGUCAGUGAGAUCUUGAUGAGGACUUUCGUCAUUAAUCAUCUUUAUGACAAGAGCACACAAACUAUCAAAGAGCUUUAUGGAAGCCUAGAUGUACUUGAAAAGUUGGCCGAUGGUUUCGAGAAGGUCCACUACAACACAACUGUAGGCAGCCUUGCAGGAGGUGUAGUGGGACUGGCUGGAGGAAUCACAUCUAUAGUUGGACUGAUUCUGACUCCGUUCACUCUUGGAGCUUCUCUGAUAGUAACUGGGGUGGGCAUAGGUGUAGCAGUAGCUGGUGGAGUAGCAUCUGGUGCGAGCAACAUAACAAAGAUGGUCAACCAGCGCACAGACCGCCAAAAGAUCAAAAUGAUCAUUACAGAGUUACAAGAAAAAAUUACAUUCACAAGCAGCUGCAUCCAAAACAUCCAAAUAGCAGUGAUAACACAAAAAGUGCUUUCUGAAAGAGGGGAAUCAUGGUCCAAUGAUCAAUCUGGGGCCGAUUUUGCAAAUAUCGGGGCUCGACUUGGACGAGGUCUGGGAGGGAUUGCAGAGCUUAUCCGCUUAGCUCAAGUCUCUAGUGUUGGGAGAGUUGCAGCUCAGACUGCGAGAGCCGUUCGUGUGGCUGAAGCAGCUACUGGGGUUUUGACUGGGCUAUUUGUAGCUGUUGACGCCAUCUUCGUUGCCCUCGACUCCAAAGAAAUUCACAAUCUUCGCAGAGAUUAUGCUUCAAUAGCGACUCAACAAGAAUCUGAAAUUGCAGCAACUAUUACACAAUCUAAAAGCAACCAAACCACUGGGUCAACUAAAGAUGAAGCAAAACUGCAAGAGCUGCGGUCUGCGAUCAUGAGAUUUGUGCAAACAAUUAGGAAGACAAGAGAGGAGCUAAAAACGAUUAUUGAUGAAUUAAAUGUCGAACUGAAAAACCUAAAACCGGACAUACAAACAGUUUAUAAUGCUUAGUAUGACAUUUUGUUACAGAAAUAUGCGAAUAGUAGCAGCAUAUUUUAGGUAAGGGUUUACUAUAUUCUGGGUUUUAAUGAUAAAGUGAUUUCUAGUUUGGUUAUCACUGCAGGGUGAACUUCUCAAGAAUAAAAUAAAGCAGCAUUUAUCUCGUUUCACUUCCAAUAAUCCAGUGAUUAAACAUGUUAGGUAUAUAUUGGAGAUUUUUCUAUUUAGAGUUGAGUUUUUGUUUCUUAAUGCUUUCAGAAUCAGAAAAAAAGGGAAUCAUGUAAUCCCAAAAAUGUUAUAUUUUUGUGCAUUCCAGUCUUUGAGAUUGUCUGUGAUUUUUUUUUCUUCUGCAGUUUAAUUGCAAUUAUGUACAUUUCUGGAAAAUACCAAUGUACUUGUCAUUAAAAUUAAUGAUCAAUUGAACAGUUAAUAAGAAGAAUUUAGACUGUGUUUGGUAUAAUAAUAGAUGUAUGUGUAAUGUAUCUUCCUUAUACACAAAUUGCUCAAUAAAAUCCUUACACCAUAUA